GGAAACGCGUAGCACCGAGAGCCCGCACCCAGUGGGAAAAACACUGUUCCCGCCGCCGUUGCGAUACCAAAUAGGAAGCGCAGCUGCGACGCGCUUCGCUCGUUGCAACGCCUCCGACUGCCCACAGCGGCAUCGACCCAAGACGCGUCUCCAUCCCACUCGGCUAGGGUUUCCAGCGAGAGGAAAGAAGGAGCCGUUCCUGGGUUUUAUCUGUUUCUUCUUCUUCUUCUUCUUUUCUCUUGAGCCAUUUUGAUACGAGAAAAAAUGGUGGCGUUCGAGGUGGGCAGCGCAAAUGACGCCGUGGAGAGGAUCCCCAAGGAGGCGAUGAGGAUUCUUGACAGAUUGGCGUCGGAAUGGAGCGACGUGGCCGACUCCAAGGCCUUGGAGGUGGUGCACCUCAAGGGGGCGAUGACCAACCAGGUCUACCAGAUCAACUGGCCGACCAUGGGGAAGGACGGCGUCUCUCGGAAGGUGCUCGUCCGGAUCUACGGCGACGGGGUGGAUGUCUUCUUCGACCGGGAGGACGAGAUCCGGACGUUCGAGUGCAUGUCGAGGCACGGGCAGGGGCCGCGCCUUCUUGGGCGGUUUCCCAAUGGCCGGGUCGAGGAGUUCAUCAACGCCAGGACACUUUCUGCAGCUGAUCUGCGGGACCCAGAAAUAUCUGCUCUUGUAGCAUCAAAAUUAAAGGAGUUUCAUGACCUUGACAUGCCCAGUCCAAGGAAUGUAUUCUUAUGGGAAAGAUUGAGAAAAUGGCUGAAAACAGCUCGAAAUUUGUGCUUACCUGAAGAAUCUAAAGAAUUUCGCUUGGAUACCCUAGCGGAGGAGAUAGCUGCUUUCGAAAGUUUUUUCUCUGGGAAAGAUCAGAGAAUAGGAUUCUGUCAUAAUGAUCUCCAGUAUGGGAAUAUCAUGGUUGACGAGGAGACCAGACAAGUAACUAUAAUAGACUAUGAGUAUGCAAGUUUCAACCCCAUUGCAUAUGAUCUUGCCAAUCACUUUUGUGAGAUGGCUGCUGAUUACCAUACAGAGACUCCUCACAUUUUGGAUUUCAAUAAAUACCCAGAUUAUGAGGAGCGCAAGAGAUUUGUGCAGGCAUAUCUGAGUUCGUCAGGUGAAACAGGCAAUCUCGUGGAAAUUGACAAUUUACUGGAGCUUAUUGAGAAGUAUACUCUUGCAAGUCAUCUUGUUUGGGGCCUAUGGGGAAUAAUAUCAGAACAUGUCAAUGAUAUUGACUUCAAUUACAUGGAGUAUGCAAAGCAGAGGUUUCAGCAGUACUGGUUAAGGAAGUCUGCCACAUAGGGAGCUGGGUGGGUGAAUUGAAUGGUUUACGUGCCUUUGUACUUACUUGUCAGCGUUAGAAGCCACUAUGAAUACAUGGCAUGGGUUCUUCAAUACUGAAAUUAGAUUUUUUGAGUGUUGCAAAAUAAUACAGCUAUGUUCAAUAAACCGAAGGCAGCCCCUGGUGUUUUUGUUUUGGUUUUAGGAUUACAGUUAAUACGAGAAAAAUUUCACGUUGGUCGUUAGCAUUCAUAAAAAAAAAAAAGAAAUAUGCUUUAAUGAAAGCAUUUUGUAAUGUUUUGUUGUUCAAUAUUUAGUAGUAGUAUUAGCUU